AUGUCCGUGAAGGCCUUCGUCCACAUUUUUCGCAAGCCUGGUCUGUCUCUUGAGGAUUUCAAGAAGCACUACGAGGGCCAUGCCGAACUUAUUAAACAUCUCUCUGGGGAACACUUUCCUCUUUCUCACAAGCGCACCUAUAUUGCACGUAACGCUGUCGAAGUUGCCCCCGAAGGUGCCAGUGAGCGUAACACCAAGACCCCUGCUAUCAUCCUAGUCGGAAAGCAGUCCGACUUUGAUUUUGAUGCCUAUGCCGAGCUUACAUUCGCUGAUCAGGCUGCUUUCCAGGCCUUCAGUGCGAAGAUACGUGCCCCUGAAGCGGCUGCUCAGAUUGCGGCUGAUGAGGAGAAGUUUCUUGAUAAGUCGAAGCUUGGAGUUGCCCUAAUUGGGGACGUUAUCGAAACUACCAAUCAAUAA